AUGGCGUUCUCUCCCACCUUUUUCCACAACUUCUCUGUGACGUCUCCGGACGUUCUCGCUGUGAUCUUCGCAGUCUCAGCGUACGCUGUCUGGCGGGCCUACAGCUUCGUGAGCUUCGUAUACAGGACGCCGCUACGGAUUCUCCCCGGCCCUCCUGUGGCCAGCCUCGUAUACGGCAAUCUGAAAGAGAUCCAAGAGGUGGAAGGGUCUUCCCUGCCCGACCAAUGGUUCACCAAGUACGGAAAGAACUUCGUCGACCAUGAGUUCUUCCUGACGCCGCGUCUAUGGACGCUCGACACCCGGGCUAUCAAUCACAUCCUCACUCACUCUGUCGAUUACGCCCGAGCGGAGGAGAACCUUAGACAGAGCGUCCAGUUCUUCGGGAAAGGCUUGCUCGUUGUGCAAGGGGAGCAACACAGGCAACAGAGGAGAAUCCUCAACCCAGCGUUCGGGCCUGCGCAGGUUCGCGACCUCACCGAAAUUUUCGUACAGAAGGCUACCCAGCUCCGCGAUGUUUGGGCGGAAGCGGCAUCGAAGGCUGGGGGCCUGGCUAGAGUGAACGUGAACCGGGACUUGAGUAAGGCUACUCUGGACAUCAUUGGGAUGGCUGGAUUCAAUUACGACUUCCACACACUGGACGGUGGUGAGAAGCCCAACGAGCUCUACGCUGCCUUCCGCCAGCUCUUCGCGAACCUCCGGCCCGUCUCCCUAUUCGGCUACCUAUCGGCUUGGUUCCCCUUCCUCAAGAUGCUGCCAAAUGAGCGCUUGAAGGCGCUCAACGGUGCUGCGGCUUCAAUCCGCCGUAUCGGAGGAAAGAUUGUUGCCGACCAGAAAGCUUCGGUCUUGCAAGCCGCGGCGGAGAAGCACCACGAUAUCGAACGCAAAGACUUGCAGAAGCGGGAUCUCUUGACGCUUCUCAUCAAGGCGAACAUGGCUACCGACAUCCCCGGGGACCAGAAAAUGACGGACGCCGACGUCAUGGGCCAAAUCCCAACCUUCCUCCUGGCUGGGCAUGAGACAACCAGCACCGCCACAACGUGGGCUCUUUACGCUUUCUGCAAGUACCCGAAGGUGCAACAGAAGCUUCGUGAGGAGCUUCUGUCUGUCGAUACGGACGCCCCGACUAUGGAAGAGCUCAAUGCCCUCCCCUACCUUGAUCAUGUGGUGCACGAGCUCCUCCGCGUGUUCCCGCCCGUAACCCUGCUCGUCCGCGAGGCAAAGAAGGACGACGUGAUCCCCCUGGACGAGCCUUUCAUCGACAAGUACGGCAAGGUGCACCACGAAAUCCCUAUCGGGAAGGGGAACAAGGUUGUUAUACCUAUCCUCGCAGCGCAUCGGUCUAAGGCGAUUUGGGGAGAAGAUGUCCUAGAGUUCAAGCCCGAGCGGUGGGACCAGCCUCCCGAGUCCAUCUCUGCGAUGCCCGGCGUGUGGGGCCAUCUCCUCACCUUCAUUGGCGGUCCCCGCGCAUGUAUCGGAUAUCGUUUCUCUCUCGUCGAGACGAAGGCUCUCCUCUUUGCUCUUGUUCGUGCAUUUGAGUUCGAGUUCGCGGUGCCGGUGGAGGAUAUUUGCACCAAGACUGCUCCGCUGCAGAGGCCUUCUUUGCGCUCUGCGCCCAAGGAGGGCUUCCAGUUGCCUCUGCUGGUCAAGCCGUACAAGGCAGCGUGAUUGACGAGCAGUGGUCACACGUGGGCAUCGGACACAGGUGUCGGUCGCGUAUAGAUCCGUUAUAUCUCAUAUGUCGUGUAUCUCCACCUCCACUCACUCGCUUUCCCCUCAUCGAUG